ACACACCACACCCUAUACAUACCCACAAGAGCUAAACCAUAAACCACACUCAGCUGCAGGUUACAGAACCCUCAAUCUCGAAUCUCCGAUGGGGCUAAUCCUCGGCAAAAUCUCCGUCGAAACCCCUAAAUACCAACUCAUCCUCAAAACCGCCGAUUACGAGAUCCGCACCUACCCUCCCUCCGUUCUCGCCGAGGUAACCUACGACCCCGCUCUUCUAGGCGACCGCGAUGGGGGCUUCAUGAUCCUCGCCAAAUACAUCGGCGCUGUUGGCGAACCUCAGAACUCCCGGCCCGAGAAAAUCCCCAUGACGGCCCCCGUCAUCACUCACUCCGCUGAGAAGAUUGACAUGACGGCGCCCGUCGUUACCAGCGGCGGAGGAGGAUCGACCCCAAUAACGAUGCAAUUCGUGCUUCCGGCAAAGUAUGCGAGGGCGGAGGAUGCUCCGCAGCCGACGGACGAGAGGGUGAGGAUAAGGGAGGUGGGGGAGAGGAAGUAUGGGGUUGUGAGAUUCAGCGGCGUGGCGACGGAGACUACUGCAGCGGACAGGGCGGAGAAGUUGAGGAAGAGCUUGGAGAGGGAUGGGUAUAAAUUGGUUGGCGAGCAUGUGCUUGCCAGGUAUAAUCCCCCCUGGACUUUGCCUCCUUUGAGGACAAAUGAGGUCAUGCUUCCCAUUGAAUAAGUGAAGCUUUCAAUCUUUGUGUGUUUUUUUUGCUGCUGUUACACAAACCUGAUGUAGAUCAAACUUUUCCUUGUUGAAUUUUGAAUAAAUUGUGUGUUUUUUCAAUGUAUAUCA